CCCUUCAAUGAAGAUCUGUUCACUAAAACAGACUCAUCUGAUGGAUUUGCUUCAGACCCUUUCAGAGGCAGCAACCCUUUUGCAGCAGAUGUUUUGUUUCCAGAGGCAGACAUGGAGCCAGCUGGACAUGUUGGUGAGGAUGAAGACAUCAGUCUGUCCUGUGCUGAAAACAAAGCUUCGACAGGAACUCAGUGCUUUGAGACAGAGUUCCCAGAUGAAGACAGUGACAUAGAGAUCAGUUAUAGUAGAGAAGACUUGGACACCAUUGAUGAUGGACAUGAGUCCUGCGGAUUUAAACCCAUACAGAGUUCAUCAGAAGAGCUCAUGCCUGAGCUGAAUCACCAAUGGAGUUCUCAGGGGCAGCAUUCUGUAGAGUCAGACCCGAAUGGUUAUGAGCUUGACCUGUGUCCUGUGUCCCCUCCUUCUGACAUAGAGGAACACAGCAUUGGGUCUCUGGCAGAUGAAGCUACUACUGAAGGAAAGGAACAAGGUUUGAGUUCUGGCCCUGCUCCAGUUUUGCAUCAGCCCAGUGAACAUUUACAGCUGGAAUUCGAUUGGACAGACGCCAUAAAUCAAACUCUGCCCAGUGACUCAAGCUCCAGUGAAACAACAAAAACAAAGAAUAACAUCAAAAUGAAGCUUCAAAACCCCACGACACCUCAGAACUCACUCGAUUCUCAGAACCUUGUUCAGCCUGACUUGGACAAAAACAACUAUGAGUUAGACCAUAAAUCAAGCAGCCAGCCUUCCUUUGACCCUUAUGGGUUCAAACUCAGUCCAGAGCAUUCUCACCUCUCCUUUCUAGACCCUGAUGAAGUUGAAUUUAGCCCAAAAUCAAUUGAAAAUGUUAUGAGCUUUGAUCCCGAAGCCUCAUCUUCUCCAUCACAUAAACUGAACUUUGAUCCUUAUGGGUUUGACAUCACUGCCUCUCAGAUGGUACGUCACUCUGAUCCUUAUGGCUUUAAACUUAGUCCUGAGGACGAGAACCAGGAGGUACUGGACCUUUGUGGUCACGAUAACCUGGGAGAAAUGGGACUUUGCACCUAUGAAAAUAAUGAGCAAAUAGAUAACUUUAACUUUGCCAAGCAGGAAGUAUUAAAGCCUCACACUUGUGAAAACCAAGAAGUGUUUGAACCUUGUGACCAAAAUUUCCAACAACUGCCAUAUUAUAGAAAUCAAGAUAUCAUGGAGCCAUCUAACCACAAAAACAUGAAACUGGCUUUUGAUGAAAACCAGAAAGUCCCAAAUUUUAGAUGGCAUGAAAACCAAGAAGUGGUGGAGCCCUGUUCCAAUGUGAACCAAGAGAAAUUACUUGAAGUUUGUAGCUAUGAUAACCAAGAAGUCCUGGAAACGUGUGACCAUCUUAAUCAGGAAUUGUUGGCUGUCUCCCAUCCUGAAAACCAAGAAGUGCUCGGCUUAGAUCCAUACGAAAACCAAGAGCUUUUGAGUUUUGGCAACAAAGAAAAUUUGGAUCUGUUUGAAUCAGAAAACCAAGAGUACGAGGAUGUUCAGGACCUCAGUAGCAAUAAAAAUCAGGAGCUGCUAGAUGUAGACAUGCCUGACAACCAGGAGUCCCUAGACUUGAUCAAUGAGGAAAACCUCCCCGAAGGUAACAACAACCAAUGUAUUGUUGAAGCAGAAGCCAAUUUAAGCUCUACUAGCAACAGUUCCGAGAGUGAUUUGGGAUCAGAAAAUCUAGUGGGAUUGGAACUCAGCAAUACGAACACAUGUUUUGCCAACACCACAAACAAUGUUACCACUGACACACUUAAAACCUUUGGCAAAAUGUCAGCUAACCAGGGCUGGAGUAUGUCCAACAAUCCAAACAGUCAGAGUCUUUUAGAAGGUGAUCUGGGAUCAGUCUUUGGUGCUGGAGGUUACAUUGGCUGCCCUGAUGUUGCUGAUGACCUUGAGCCCCUGAAGAGAAGACAGGAAAGCACACGACCUGAGACAGCACCUCCAGUCAGACCUCCUCGACCAUCUCUUAGGGCCAAGAAGAAGGUUUCGUCUGAAGGAAUCGACCUGAAGUGAUCUCGUAAAGGAAGUCACCAUGUUUGGAGUAAUUCAUGACGAUAAAGGCAACAAAGCAUAGUGAAAAGUGAGAAAUUAAAAUAAAAGAACUGAUUAAAUUAAUAUAAAACAGAAUAAUCAGACAAGAGGAGGAGAUUUUCUGUUACUUGUGACAGAAAAAGAUAAAAGCGAGCUUUAACACCUUACAAAAGAAAUCCCUCUUUUUUAUUUAGUUAAUUGUGUAUUGUCAGAAUCUGAAAAAUGAAUAGCAUGCUCUUAGAGAAAUCUAAGAUAAAUCAAAUUGUAUAUUUUUUACCCCAGUGGACCUAUGUCAGUCUUAAGCGAACUGAGCUUGUGAUUUUCUUGAGGUUUUGCCUUGAACAAAAGCUCGACAUUAUAACAAAUAUCUUCAAGUUUGUCUAAGAAAGUUAAAUCUGGUCCUCUAGACAUUCAAAAAACAAAACAAAG